CGUUGUCGUCUGCAGACCACAGGCCAGUCUCCGCAGUCAGUACCAGCCUGCGGCUUCCUCGGGCUGGACCGGUCACGAUGGUGCGGGCUGCGAUGCUGCUGCUCGGAUGGCUCGGACUCGUUGUGUCGUGCCGGGCGCAGUUUGCUCCCCCGACCCUGAACAUCAGCCUGGACGAAGACCCAGAAGUGCGCUGGAUGCCUCUAACCAAAGUCUUUGACGUAGAGUAUCUGAAGAAAGCUGCUGCAGAGGUCAUUGACUCUACAGUUCCUAAAUGGGUGCAUAGAGCAGUUAUACCUAUUGUAACGGCCUUGGAAAAGUAUGUUCCUCAGCCUUAUGCGGGGGAGAUCCGCGGCCUGGCCACACACAUGGGAGGAAGCAUCGCAGAUGUCAUCAUUCUCAACUUUGCCUAUGAAAUAUCAGCAUUUUGCACUAGCAUCGUAGCUCAGGACAAAAAUGGGCACGUGUACCAUGGCAGGAACCUUGAUUAUCCGCAUCCUGUUCUGAGGAAUCUGACUAUCAACGUAAAUUUCCUCAAGAACGGAGAGGUGGCGUACAGUGGAACUUCAUUUGCUGGCUAUGUUGCCCUGUGGACGGGACAGAGUCCUAAAAAGUUUACCGUCUCUGGCGACCAGCGAGGCAGUGAACAUUGGUGGAACUGGUGGAAAAAUGUGGUUUCAGCCUUCCUUUUUCGGAGAUCCCCAGUCAGCUGGCUGGUGAGGGAGACACUGGAGGAAGCAGAAGACUUUCAGGAUGCAGUCAUGCGUCUCUCCAAAAUACCCAUCAUCACUGGGGUUUAUUACAUCGUGGGUGGGGUGCGAGCAGGGGAAGGGGCUGUCAUCACCAGAGACAGAACAGGUCCCGCUGAUAUCUGGCCGCUGGAUCCUGUGAACGGAGGAUGGUACAGAGUGGAGACGAACUUUGACCACUGGCUCCCUCCCCCCGCCAGGGAUCAUCGCAGAGAGGCAGCAAACAAUGCACUAAAUGCUACUGGCCAAGAUCACAUCAACAUGGAGACACUUUAUCAGGUUCUGUCGCUCUUUCCAGUGUGUAAUGGACAUACAGUGUAUACAACAGUAAUGAGUGCAGCAGCCCCAGAGAAGUACAACACCCUCGUCAGGCCACAGGGCUGCUCUCCGCUCUGAGAGGCCUCGAGGAGUCAACAACUCAAAGGCUUUUACUGCAGAAAUGCCCUGCGUGUCUUAACUUGACAACAUGGUUACGUACUGAUUCAUGAUCAUGAGGAGAUUGUAUUAUCAUACGAUUAGAAGGGAAUUGGGCUCAAGCAUUUUCAGGGUGACAAUGCUUUCUUUCCUCUAAUAACAAAAAAUGCAAUAAAUGUUGUCACCUUUUGUAUUUGCACUUCAUAUGUCAAGCUUUAUAAAAUUUUGGUUACCGCUGAAAUCUUCACUAUACCUGACAGUAGAACAUGAGACAGAAAAUCUCUCACGUACGUGUGAAAAAAUAAAGUGAAAACUCAUCUCCAGAUUUGCUGAUUUUGAAUGUUUGUGAUAAAUCUAAUGUGUUGAGAAAGUUUUUUACCGUAGUGUGUACCUCUGAUUGCUCAGUUCAGGGUUUUUUGUUUGUUUUGUUCAGUUUUUGUUUGUUUUUUUGCUGUUCAAAUUAUUUUUAAAUGUGGUCUUGAUCAGAUUGUAGUGUGCACUGGGGUGCAUACCAAGUCUCUUAGUUGGCAUUUCCUCACUCCCUGCUUGAACCAGAAGUUGUUCCAGAGUGUAUGGAUGGCACAGAAACAGUACAAGUGCCCCCAAAGGAAUGCACCAAAACACAUGCACACAUGACACAAAAGGGCGAUUUAUUAUUUUGGCCAUUAAUAAAUAUACGUGGCUGGUGGAUUUUUUCAUCUGCCAGUCCCUUCGGUGAAUCAUAAAAUGAAUUACGUCCAUUGACUGUGAUGAUAAAUGCAAUGUCGCAUUAUAGUCAUUGUCCAUGUGCUUCCUAAAUAUAGUGUGUGCAGCUAUUAAUAUGUCUCAUUGUAAAUGAUCAAACUUAAUGCCUCUUUGAUAAUAAAAAAAUGCUUUUAAUAAUAAA